UCCUCUCCUUUUGAAUUCCUUCUACCAGGAAUUUGCCAGGAGGGAAAUGGAGCAUCCUACCGAGGGACAGCCUCUAUAACUGUAACAGGCAAGACUUGUCAACGCUGGGACAGUCAGACACCCCAUGGACACGGCUUCACACCUGAUAAUCACCCAUCUGCCGGAUUGGAGCAUAACUACUGCCGGAAUCCUGACCGCGGCUGGACCUGGCUUUGGUGCUACACUACAGAUCCCAUCACUAGAUGGGAGAAUUGUGACGUACCAGCAUGUGAUCUUGACACAAAAACAGCCUGCGAGGGUCGCACCGCACAGCUGUCUUGCUCGGACAGAAAGACGCUUUUGAUCGUGGCCGCCAACUACGGCCGCACGUCCGCCACCCACCCCUGUUUCUGCGGCUCCAACUUUUGCACCAACUGCCGCUCAGACAACAGCCUGUCUGUCGUGAGGGCCGCCUGUCAGGGCAAUCAGCAGUGCACGGUGACAGCGAGCAAUGGCGUUUUCGGUGACCCCUGUCACGGGGUAGGGAAGUACUUGGAGGUAUCAUACCGCUGUAUCACAGUCUGGCGUAUCUGGGCCAAGCAGGGCCCAGGUGUUGCACAAGACUGUCCCUCCACCUCGUACAGGGCCGUCCUCUGCGUCUCCUCCAUUCCCGGGGUGUCCACUCAGUGGCUCUUAGUGUCCAUCUGUUGUCUUGUAGUCUAG